UUGAACGAGCUCUCUGGCAUUUUCCUCUAAAAUACGGUCACGAAGAAUUUCCUACUCUUGUUGUAUACAACACUCUGUAGAGUCAGGCGUAAUCCAACUUUUGUUCAAGAUUAUAGCCUCAGGGAUCAAUGAAGCUCGGUUUAGAGUCAACAAUUUAUUUUCUAGCCCUCCUGGCAUAUGUUCUUCAAGUCGCUCUUGCUAUUCAUUGCUUCAAGUGCACAUCCCCAACGUCAUGGUCGCACUGCGAUCUUCUUGUGAACCAAGAAGCCAAUCGAGACUGCCCAGCGGAAAAGACCCGAUGUAUAGCUGUGAUGGAAAGGAAAAAUCCAAGAGAACGGGUGGAAUACAGGAAAGACUGUGCUAACCGUCUUGAAAAUCCGUGUCAUGAAAAACGUGUAGAGGAUUGUAGGUCCACCUUAUGUGAUGGUGACCUGUGUAACUUUGCUCUCACCCCAUCAGCCACCCUCAUAGCUUCUGGCUUCCGCUGCUUCCGUUGUAUAAGCAAAAAAUCUUGGGACGACUGCGUUGAAAAAGCUGAAGAGAUCAUCUGCGACACAGGCUACAGAAAGUGCUACAAACUGGAGUUUAAGAGGGAUGACGGCGUCAUUGAAUACAUAAAAGACUGCACUGUUCCUCUGGCCUGUGGAAACUCGUCAAUCAAUAUGCCUCAAGCCGAACGUCGCAACAUUAAGUGCUGUGGCCAACAUCUUUGCAACGAGGCGAGUAUCAAAAGCUCCCCUGUGGUAAUAUUUGGUCCUCUUCUCCUUGUCAUUGUGGUAUUCCUUUUUGAUGCCCAAAACAAUUUGUGAGUAAUCAGCAUCCCCUUAAACUUUUAACUCCCAGAAGUGAUUUAUUUGUAACCUCUCCCUAUUAUAUCCCUACAUUAUCCAGCCAACAGGUAAUGAGAAUACUCAGACUUAUCAGAAAGUAGUUGUUACCUUGAUCUAACACCAAACUCUCAGAACCUAUUUACAGUUGCACGUAGAAGGAAUAGAAACGCAGGUGUCAUAAUAUGUAAUUAACUAGGCAGGAAGGGAUAGAUAGUUUCCUUCCACAAUAUUGUACCUUUUGACAAUAAAAACGAACGGUAAAACAUGACGUUUCGACCAAACUUCGGUCAUUUUCAAGGGAAUAGUAAGAAUGUCACGAUGAAUAUAUAUAGAUAUAUAUGCGUGUAAGAAAUUUAAAAUUUUUGGAAGUGUAGACGGAAAAUAUAAGAACAUACUUCUUCUCUUUGUAUGUUCUUAUUGCUUAGGGUUAGUUUUUAUACUUAUAAAUCGCUAUUGAUAAAUAUUGUACCUCUCUCUCAUAUUUUUGGCUAUGAAGUCUUUGUCAAAUGUUAAUUCUCAGUGUAAAGUUUGCAGUUUUGCACUCCUCUGGUGCUGAUGAAUCAAAACAGCUUCGAGAUUGUAAAGACGCUGCUGUAAGCUAAUGUUUGAGUAGCCCUCUUGUAGAGACCUUAAAAGUUUAGCACCGCUCAAGGUGUCAGCUUCCCAAGAUUCCUUUCGGUAGUUGCCCUGGCUUCCUCAGUGAUCCUGACUGAGUGUUUCUCUUGUUCGUCUACACUUUCUCUAAAAAGCUAGUAUCAGAGUCGAAACAAAUGUCAGCGUCACAGAAGCUGUAAUGAAUCAAUAUCAUUGCAUUCUCUCAGGUGUGGAGUUCGUUCCUUGAUUGGUUAUUUAUAAAAAAGUAAUCAAGUUUUAUUAUCAAUUGUUUAUAUUCGAAUUAGUUUAAAUAACAACAGUGUGUUACACGACAAUCACCUUAUCUUUAGGGCGUAAGGAACCUCGGUUUAUGUUUUUUUAAGGAAGUUAAUCGGCAGUAAGUUAUUCAUGGAGCUCCUUAAACUAAACUGUAACUUGUAAAAGCAAAAAAAAUAAAAGUUGCUAAAGGCCCAUGUCUGAAAUCUGCACGUCUAUGACGCGUUUCAGGUAGUGCAAUUAAUUUCUCGUUAGGGCAUGGGUAUUAAAAUCUGGAUCAACGGAUUCAACAGCUGACAGCUC